GGUAUUUUCUUUUUUCACAUUCGAGAUUCAUCUUUAUCACACUGUGAUAAUUAUCUUACCUUACCUUCAAAAAUAAAAAAAAACGUUUUUCAGCCAACUUUGUACUAAAUUAGCCGUAGAAAAAGUCCAAAUUUCUUCAUUUGGCCGUGCAUGGCGGACAAGCUACAGUUUUUGUAGAAUAGGAGCAGUAGCAUUGGGAAGCAGCACAAGUUGUAGAAGAGGAAGAAGAAGAUUCAACUUUUAUUGUUUUCUAUUUAUGGAAGAAGAACCGAAACCAGAGAUCUGGAACAAAGAGAAUAAAAAAUGAUGAAAAAAUGUUCAAAAUGGGUUUCUUCAGAUCUUCAUUGGAAGCUUUUACUCUUGAUUCUUCCUCUACUUUCUCUCCUUUUUUACUUUUCUCUUUCCUCCAUUUCCGCCAUAGCCAGUAACACUUUUUCCACUUUUGCCCCUCUCAACUCUUUUUUCAACAAUAACGCCCCUGUUCCUCCGCAUCCGCCGGUUUUUACGAAUCAAACAGGCUUAGAUCGGUCUGAGCCUCUGUUUCCGCCGGUUUUUUUGAAUCGAUCGGUAACGAAGGAGGAGUUGAACCGGUCUAGAAUUGCUGUGUGUAUAGUGGGUGGGGCUCGUAGGUUUGAACUAACUGGGCCUUCUGUAAUACAGAAAAUUCUGAAAGAGUAUCCGAAUUCUGAUCUGUACCUUCAUAGUCCGUUGGAUUCUAAUGCCUACAAGCUUUCCUUGUUAAAAAAUGCUCCUCGAAUCUCCGCCAUUAAAAUUUUCAAGCCUAAAACCAUUAAAGAGACUGAGUUUCAGGUCCGAGUUCUCAGUGCUCGUGGCUCACCUAAUGGUAUUCAGGGCCUCCUGCAAUAUUUCAACCUGGUUGAGGGUUGCUUGACGAUGAUUCAAGCCUACCAGCACAAGAACAACUUCACUUAUGAUUGGAUAAUCCGUACCCGAGUUGAUGGAUACUGGAACUCUCCACUAUCACCCGAGGACUUCAUUCCCGGCGCCUAUUUAGUCCCUUCUGGUUCAUCCUACGGUGGCUUAAAUGAUCGCUUUGGCCUUGGUGACUACAACACUUCUGUAGUAGCUCUUUCACGGCUCUCCUUGAUUCCUGAGUUGGAUGCAGCCAGAUACCAUCUCCUCAACUCCGAGGGUGCAUUCAAGGCCCAACUGACUAUCCACAGAGUUCCCUGCAUCUCUAAGCGCCUCCCAUUUUGUGUUGUAUCAGAUCGUAGCUAUGAUUUUCCACCACCCCGUUUUGGUGUUCCAGUAGCAGCACUUUCUAGUCCAGGCCCAUUAAGUGGUGCCAAGUGCCGGCCUUGCACACCUCCGUGCACUCACCACUGCGUUGGUCUUAUGAUGAACAAACUGUACAGAGGAUGGAGCUGGACCGACUGGGCCAAUAACACCCUUCAGCUCUGUGAUGCCCAUGCCGAGUGGGAGAGUGGUUGGCAGAAAAUAUUCGACCAAGUGGCAGGUAAUAAACUAGCUGCAGCGAGACAACGAGUUGAAAAUCUAAAAAUGGAGCAGUGUGUGAAAGAUUUCGCGGAAUUAAUGAAAAAAACUGCUUAUUGGGAGGCUCCUCCAGUGUCUCAAAUUUGUCGAUUGGGUUUAUCAGUGCCCGUCUAACCUCGAAACAAAUAGCCAAACCAUUAUAGUAUAGGUAAACUAUGUAUAGUUUUCUAGCCUCCCACGCAGUUUUUUUUCUACGUACGUUACAGGGUUUCUUUUUUAUUCAUAUUUUCUACUUCAGGAAACAAAAAGUAUUGUAGAAAUUACCUUAGAUUUUCUGUAGACGACACAGUUUUUUUUUGGUUAAAUAUCUCAUGGAUACUAAGUUCUAACUAGUAUUGUACCUUUACGGAGAAAGUAAUUUAGAGAAAUGGAGAAAAGUUUCCUGUUUUUCGUA